CAAUAUUUUCGUAUACCAUGGUCUGAAACGUAUACGAAUGCAAAACGGGAAUAUAGAAAAGAUGUCGUAUUUACAUGACUGGAGACAGGCAUUACGUGUUCCGCACGUUUACAGAGUUGCCAACAGUACAUUUCGCAUUCAGAGCCAAUAUUUGGCCUUAAUUUUCUUGUUAUUGUCCGUUCCCGUGUUUUUGCUCGGAUUUCCCCUGUUGCGCGGAAGUGUACGCCCAUCGUCGUCGAAUCAGUUUUUAAAUGAGUGUCGUUACUACAAGUACAAUAAAACUUACCCUUUGUCACCACCACUUAGAACGUCAAAAGGUGUUACCUACAGAAUAGCAAUAGUAAGUGAUCUCGAUCAUGAUUCCAAAAGCUUGGACAAGAAAAACACGUGGCAUAGUAUUAUGAAAACUGGCAGCCUCUUUUGGGAUCGUAGCACCAAUUUCAUAUCUAUCAUUUGGGACGAUAGGAAUCAGACACUAACAUCCUCGUUAACUAUGAAAGGACGUGGUAUGGAACUGUCUGAACUGGUUACCUUUGAUGGACAUUUAUUGUCUUUCGAUGACCGUACAGGAGUAAUAUAUGCUAUUGAGGGUGAGGAAGCUUAUCCUUGGGUGAUAUUAAUGGAUGGAAAUGGAAAGAAUUCGAAAGGAUUUAAAACUGAGUGGGCAACUGUUAAGGAUGAAUAUUUAUAUGUUGGUAGUACGGGAAAAGAAUGGACUACUCCCUUGGGAGAGUUUCAACAUAAUAAUCCACUUUGGGUGAAAGUGAUAUCCCCACGUGGUGAAAUUCAUUCUUUGAAUUGGAUGUCAAAUUAUAAAAGAUUAAGGCAAGCACUGAAUAUUGAAUAUCCAGGUUACAUGAUUCAUGAGUCAGGUGAUUGGAGUGACGUACACAAAAGAUGGUUCUUUUUGCCAAGACGGUGUUCCCACGAACGCUACGUUGACACUAAAGACGAAACACUGAGUUGUAACGUCUUGUUAACAGCGGAUGAAAACUUCGUGGACAUUAAGGUUACCGAGAUUGGUAAAUUAAAUCCACUGAGAGGCUUCUCAACAUUCAAGUUCCUGCCGGGUUCGGAGGACUCGAUUAUCGUCGCGCUUAAGACAGAGGAGUAUCUGGGACAAACUGCCACGUACAUCUUGGCCUUCACUAUUGAAGGUGUUAUAAUAAUGCCGGAGGUUAGGCUGGUGGAUAAGAAAUUCGAGGGGUUAGAAUUUAUAUAACAUUCCAUUUAGGUAUAUCGUUACUGAAUUGAAAUGAAAAUGUAAAUAAAUGUACAGAUUUUCUAGUUGUAUACAGCUAUAAAAACGUCAAGGCCGAAAAGACUGUGUAGGUUACAUUGCACAGGUUCUUUUCUCAAGCGCAAAAUCGUUGCUUUGAGUUCCUUCAAUUUUCAGACCACAUACAUAUAUACAUACACAAACAACAAUCGCACGCAUCUGUAAAUACAUGUACAUAAACGUUUCAAGGAAAUAAUCGCUUAUAAAUAUACGACAAAUCGCUAUUUUAAGGGAGACCAAUCUUUGGCAGAAAUUAUACAACAAAACCGUUUUAUGAUGCUUUUUUAUGCGUUGACCAUUAUACUACCUAC